GGCAUGGAGCGACUGGAGGGAUGGAAUCAGUUCUGAUUGGCGCACACACAACAAGUCACACAAACGGACAAAUACCACAACGGACACCCUCCCUGUUUACUCAGCUAGAUGAAGAUCAUCAUGCAGAUGACUAAUUGCGUGCGCUACAGCAAUGACUGUCCAUCCAAAGGCAUCCCGAAUCACGCCAUACGACAAACACACACUUAGUACGCACCUUGGGGCACCACACGUGCCUACCUACAGUCACUCCCCCUCCCUCCCUCCCUCCCUCUUUGUGUGUACAGCAGACCCCUAUGCAGCCACCACCUUCUGGCGGACGAGCGCAGCUGUGCGGGGGUACCGCUGAUCUGGGCGGCGCUUCCAAGCGACGGGGGGCUCCGUGGUGCAGAUCUUCAGGCUCGAGUCAACGCGGACCAGGAAAUCAUCGGCCGCCUUGUCCCCACAGAGAAUGAGGAUCGUCCCAUCCCACUCCAUACUUGCGCCGUCGACCGACCACUCGUCCGCUUUGCGGCAGCCCUUCCACUGGCCCCGUGGCUGCCGCAUGACGUCUUGGGUGAGCUGGUACUCCUUGGGAGGUGGAAUGAUGAGGUCAUCUGGGAGCGUGAAGUGGGGGCGCAGACGAAAGUCGAACCCGUUCACGAAAUCCCUGUCGAUCAAAACGACGAUGAUAUCCGUGAAGGAAGAGUACACGUACUCGUCACCUGCAGACAGACAGCAGAAAUGGAAAGGAUCCAUGCGCUCUGCGUAACCUCUCUCGGCUGCUCACGUUUGGUCGGCGGGUCGGGAUCAGUCAAAUCGAUGCUGACGUAGGUCAGGGGGUCUGUUGACCAGUCGGGCCAGCCCAGAUAGUCCUGGCCGUUGACACGGCUCAGAUCCACACACUGGCGGACACGGUGACUGAAUAGCGAGUACUGGCGCACCGCCGGGGGCCGCGUGUCGAAGACCGCCCGGCUGCCCGCCUGCCGCAGAUCGUGUGCCGUGAUGGUGAUGGGCAGAGAGGGGAGGCGGUGGCUGUUCUUGAGGUAGUAGAUGAGCGACACACAGCGGUCCCAGCAGCCGCCCUCCUCGAUGACAUACAACACCCGCAACAGAUAACCCUCCCUGGUGUCGACCAGCCGCAGCACGUCCACCAGGUCAUACCAGAUUAGACGGCACAUUAUGCCCAGGCAGACCGGCAACAAUAUGCCGAGAUGCCAUCUCAUGGCGACAAUGACCGGCUGAACGGAAGACUCGUCGCUCGGGGGCCACAUCCAGGCGAUGCAGAUCUCAGAGAUGAAAAGCAACGCCAGAGCACAAUCGAAGCAGAUCACGCCGCCGGACCGCAGAAGGUCAAAUGCGUCGCCAUACGCCACCGAAAACUGCCGAAACGCUCGCACGACGAAGGACGCCUCCCCAAGCCAUCGGAUGGCCACGUCAAUCACAAGAAACGGAACCACCCAGGCGAGAAGGUAGAGAAGCCCCUGGAAAUCCGCGGGAACACAGCCAGCUGCUGCACCAGAAACGGUGUCAGGACGACGGCCCAGCUGUGGAUGGACAUGUAAAUGAAGAUGAAGACGCGGAAACCCACGGCUACUUGAACGAACGAGAGUGGAGACCGCACUGAAGAUCGCCGCCAUCCACUGCAGCAGAAUCUGCAGGACCGUCUCGCACCGCUUCUGGUAGGUGAGCACUCCACUAAGGCCCUUCUCGCGAAUGGCCGCGUCGAGGCGGUGCGUCAGGUUGACCUCGCUGACCAGCUGGCAGCCGACGCUCUUGGACGAGGCUCGAAGGGCGACGCAGUCAUAUGCCGUCAGGGAGGCCAGCAGCCGCCUCUCCACAUCCUCAGGCAAGCCGACCAACGAGCACGCAUCGGCGUCCGUCUGACGUGCACACACACACCCCCGCAGACCCGAUAGACCCAGUGGAUGCAGGAGUGGCCAUGUGUGAGUGGAGUGCUCUCUUACCAU